GGUCUGUCUAUCAUAUCAAAAGUGUGUGUUAGAUGUCGCAGGUGUUUCCAUUUAUUUGUCCAGCCUGUGCACUUUGCACUUCACAAUAUCACUGGCUGAUGAAACUGCCAGGGAUAAGUCACUUGAUUUAGCGAAACUGAAACUAAACAGCGGCCGCCUACCUCGAGUUGAACUUCGGCAAACCACAACAGCAAUAAUACAAUAAAGUAGGCUGUAGUGUAGGUCAAUACCACCGGAUACAUUAUGGCGUGGAAUGAGUCGACUUCAUCACUAACUGAAGAAUUGGAGUGUCCGGUUUGUUUGGAUUUCUUUAAAGACCCGGUUAUGCUGGACUGCGGUCAUAACAUGUGUCGGGCGUGUAUUUUGGGUUACAUGAAUAACCAAGGUUCGGUUCUGUGCCCUGAAUGCAGGGCCGUCGUUUCGGGUCCAGGGAGCCUGAAGCCGAACCGAGUUUUGAGAAAUUUAGCAGACAAGGCUCGUGAGCUGAAACUAACCGAACACCUGCCGUGCGCGCUCCAAGGCCCUACGGCACCCCCGCAGGAGUGUGGAUUUCAGAGCCCCAGCUUUCAAACGGGGGAGCUUUGUUGCCGCAAACACGGCGAACAGUUGAAGCUGUUUUGUGAAACUGACAGAAAGCUGGUGUGCCUGAUUUGCCGAGACGAGAGGCAGCACAAAGGCCACACUUUCAAACCAGUAAAUGAGGCCGCACAAAGUUGUAAGGAGGAGUUAAACAGAGCCUUGCAGUUUCUUCUGGGUGAUAACCAUGCAGUGCAGAGUGUGGAAAAGGAUCAGCAAACUGAACUCUCAAGGAUCCAGGACAGGUCUGGCUGGCUGCUGGCAGAUAUCACGACCCAGUUUGCUGAGCUGCACGAGUUUCUGCGGAGGCGAGAGGAGGAGGUGAAGCGAGAUCUGAAAGCAGCCGAGCGGAGGGCUCUGGAGCCCAUGGAGAGGAACCUGCAGAGGAUCCAGAGAGAGCUGGGAGACAGGACUGAGCAGGCCAGGAAACUGCAGGAUUCCCAGAGCAUCACACAGCCUGUAACUUACCUCAAGUGGUGGAGCGAGACAGGGUCCCCCAUCAUGGAAGAGCUGAAAGAAAAAGCCCCCUGUGGUCCUGCCACUGAUGAAUGGGAGAUCGUCACUGUCAGCGGAUAUGAAUCCAAACUGAAAACCCUGAGCGUCGUACCUGGCUCUUUAUCACUUGGUCCCUACGAGACACACUUGCAGUUUUUCAUUUGGAAAGAAAUGUUAAAAGUGAUCCGUAAAGUCCCCCAGCGCUUGACAAUGGAAGACUGCUCUCUGUCUCUCAAAGUGUCCCGCGAUGGUUUGAGCACGAGGCAGAUCGACAGGGAUCAGGACCAACUCCACAAACACCACCAUGCUCCCCCGGCCGUAGUCCAAACAGAAGCACGCUUCGAUCAGGGGCUGCACGCCCAGAGCAGGGAGAAAUUCACCUCCGGGAGCCACUACUGGGAGGUGGAGGUGGGGGGAAAGAGCGACUGGGCAGUGGGGAUCAAGAUGGAGAAAAUUCAGGAAAGGGAGGCCAAGUGGUACCAGAAGGUCGUGCAUUUCUUCAGCAGACACAAUUACCUCCUGCUGGUUUUCAGCGGCGAUAAGGAUUUCAGGAUCAACGCAUUUUCAGUAGAUAUUCCCAUCUUGCCCGGGGCUAGGCCCAGGAAGGUGGGAGUGUAUCUAGAUUGUGAGAAGGCUCAGGUCUCUUUCUACAAUGCCGAUGACAUGUCCCAUAUUUACACCCACAGCGAGUGUUUUGCUAAAGGCAUCGCUGCCUAUUUCAACCCUGGUCCCUACCUAGCAGGUAGAAAUGCAGAGCCCUUGACUGUAUGCUGUUACUGAUUCCAUGGUCUCAAAGCAGUGCUAACCAGUGCUUUAAAAUAAAUGUUCUUGCCUCUUUAAAAGCAUGAGAAACGUAAUCUGUACCCUCCCUUUAAGGGAGCGCUAAUCAAGGCUUUAAAAUCUAUUUUCUUAUCUUUUAUUAGCACUAGCACCACAAUCACUGCCCCUCCCUUUAAAGGGAGUACCGACUGCUUGAGAAUCUGUUUUCUAACCUCUCAUUAGGUGUAACGGAUCUCUUCUCAGCAGCUGAUAAGUUAAUAAUAUUGACUGAAUUCAGUGGGCUGAGGUGCCAAUUUAUUACAAUGGAACCAGUAGCAAGGGUACCAGGAAGUCAUUAAUAUGAAUAAAGAAAAUGAAGUAGGGUUUGUAUUUUUGGGCAAUUGCAGAAGAAUUAAGGCAUGAUGAUGAUAAUAAUAGUAAUCGACCAUUAGUAUUUAGUUAUGCAGAUCAAAUAAAGUAUAUUGUAGCACCACUAAUUGUUACUUUGGUAACACUUUAUUUUGUGAGUUAUAAUUAUUUUAUUAAUAUGUAAUUAACCAUUUACUGAAGUUUACUUACAGUUAAUAAAAAGUCAAUAGAUAUGCCAUUCAUUAGGCUGCCAUUUGAGCUCAUGUUUCAUAUGUACGCUGAGUAUGGUUUUUGAGACUUGCUAGUUUCCUGCUCUGGUAAAUAAAAUAAAAAAAAUAAAAAGGCUGGUGUGUAGAGUAACUGAUAUUAUUCUACAAGCUAUCCACACUACCUGAAUAAUAUGCAUUCAAACCACAUGGCUGCCAUACAAAAUCACGUUUUCAAAAUGCGAUGAUUGUGUAAAUAGGGUAUUAGUAGCUGUACUUACCAGGCUUUGUAUGUCUUUUUGUUACUGCAGCAGGAAAUUACCAAGUCUCAAAAAAUAUACUCAACAUCCAUAUGAAAUAUGAGCUCAAGUGGCAAACGUCUAAUGAUAGAUACACAUGCAUUCAUGUCUAUUGACUGUUUAUUAACAUGGAACUAAACUUUAGCAACAGAUUAAUUGCCUAUUAAUGAAAUAUUUAUUUAUGACACUCAAAAUAAACAUACUGGUGAGCAGGGUCAGAAAACCAGGAGUUCCUCCUUUCUAAAGCAUUCCAUUUACAUAUUGUUGACAUUCAUACUAGCCGGCAUCCUCUGUGUGCAGGUGGUGUAUCCGCAGAGACGAGUCAGGCAGCACCUCCAGUCUUGCAGCUCUCUCUGGUUGUUUGACUGUAAUCUUGCCAAUGAACUUGAAGGAACAACAACACACUGCAGUGAAAUUUAAAUUGUUUGAGUUGUUACACUACUGUACUACACUUACUAAUGCACCUUGAUAAUUACUGUAUUAGUAAUUUGGGGAAAUGGUUACAGUUUGAUCUCUGUUCAAUAAUAAGAAAGAAACAAA